ACUGACGCGUGAAGAGUGUGCGACCGACCUAGCAGAUGUCGGAUCGGAUUGUCAUCGGCGGGUAUAGGAUUAUCGGUUCCCAGAUCUAUACAACGAGAUCGGAUAGCUCCGGUUGUAAAUCUGUACCCAAUGGUGCUUGGAUCUCGCUCCCUUCUGAGGGACGGAAAUUCCGAGUUCCACGGCGAGGUUCGACAAAGGCCCAAGUAAUCUAAUCGCCGGCGUCAGUGCCGAGUGGUAGACAAGGGGGCUCCCAAGAACAAACACAUUCCAGACGCGUUCGGUCUUCGCAUUCCUCCUCCUACCCAGCACCCAUGGCGGGAGGCUCCUCCUCCUCCUCUUCCUCGUCCUCGACGGGCCCAUCCCUGGUGGACUCGCUGUUCCAGCGCUCCCUGGAUGACCUGAUCAAGUCCCUGCGCUCCCAGCCCGUCGGCGCCGAGCCCGCCCUCCUCUCCCGCGCCCUCGCCGAGAUCCGCCGCGAGAUCCGCUCCCCGGACCCCGACACCAAGGCCGUCGCCCUCCAGAAGCUCACCUACCUCUCCUCCAUCCACGGCCUCGACGCCUCUUGGGCCGCCUUCCACGCCCUCGAGCUCCUCCCUUCCCCCUCCCCCCUCCACAAGCGCCUCGCCUACCUCGCCGCCUCCCUCUCCUUCCACCCCUCCACCACCGACGUCCUGCCCCUCGCCACCCACCAGCUCCGCAAGGACCUCUCCCCCUCCUCCCCUCCCAACUUCUCUUCCCUCGCCCUCCACCUCCUCUCCCUCUCCGCCUCCCCCGACCUCGCCCGCCACCUCGCCCCCGACAUCCUUCCCCUCCUCUCCCCCCGCGCUAGCAGCACCACCACCAACACCAAGAACAACAAUAACAAUUCUUCCCCUCUCCGCCCCAAGGCUGCCGUCGCCACCCUCCACGCCCUCUCCCUCUGCCCUGACGUCGUCCCCCUCCUCGUCAAGCCCCUCGUCGACUGCCUCUCCUCCCCCGACCCCCGCGUCGUCUCCGCCGCCGUCGGCGCCUUCGCCGAGCUCGUCUCCGCCACCGACCCCUCUCCCUACCUUCCCCUUGCCCCCGAGUUCUACCGCCUCCUCACCGACUCCCGCAACAACUGGGUCCUCAUCAAGCUCCUCAAGAUCUUCGCCCGCCUCGCCCCCCUCGAGCCCCGCCUCGCUGCCCGCCUCGUCGACCCCCUCUGCGACCUUAUCCGCCGCUCCUCCGCCCAGUCCCUCGUUCUCGAGUGCGUCCGCACCCUCUUCUCCGGCUUCCCCGACCACGACCGCGCCUUGCGCCUCGCCGUGGAUAAGGUCAAGGAGUUCCUCACCAACGACGAUGACCCCAACCUCCGAUACCUUGGGCUACGCGCCCUCACGAUUCUCGGGCCGCGGAACUCCUGGGGCGUGGUAGAGAGCAGGGAUUCCGUGAUCCAGUCCCUCGCCGAUCCCGACCCCAACAUCCGCCACGAGGCCCUGCGCCUCAUCAUGGGGAUGGUGUUCGACACCAACGUCGUCGAGAUCUCCGUCAUGUUGGUCAACUACGCCAUGAAGUCCGACCCCGUGUUCGCCAACGAGAUGCUCGACGCGGUUCUCACCACCUGCGGGAGGAAUGUGUACGAGCUGAUCGUGGAUUUCGAUUGGUAUGUCUCGCUUCUCGGGGAGAUGGCCAGGAACCCACACUGCGCUAAGGGGGAGGAGAUCGAGCGGCAGCUCGUGGAUAUUGGGCUGAGGGUCAGGGACGCGAGGCCGGAGCUCGUCCGCGUGGCUCGAGAUCUUUUGAUCGAUCCUGCUCUGCUCGGCAACCCAUUUCUCUGGAGGAUACUGUCUGCGGCUGCUUGGGUUUCGGGGGAGUAUGUCGAGUUCUCGACGAACUGGUUGGAGCUUGUUGAGGCACUGCUGCAGCCGAGGACUAGUCUUCUUCCUCCAUUGGUGAGAGCUGUUUAUAUUCAGGCAGUGUUUAAAGUUCUUGCCUUUUGUUUCAGUUCAUACAUCGAUCAACUAGAAGCCAGUCAAGUUUCAUCUCUUGGCCAUUCAACCACCGUAGGAGGGUCUACUAUAGAAUGUAAUGCUGCUUCUGCUAAUUGCUUAUCUGAUGAUAUUACUGGGACGGAGAGUGCUGAUGGCUUUGCUACUGCUGACAAACCUGCCUCUUUAUUAAGUUUGUUAGAGAAGAAAGAUCCCUUCUUUACACGUGAAUCUCUUAAACGCAUUCUAUAUUUGAUCGAAACAGCAGUCGGUCCGCUAUCAGAGAAUGAUGAUGUAGAGGUUCAGGAGCGGGCAAGGAAUGUUCUUGGUUUGAUUCAUAUGUUGCAAGAGAUUCCAGCUUGGAAGACUGAGGAGGAGGGCUUUAAAAAAGAUAAAGAUAACGGGGUUGGUAAAAUUAUGAACCUUAUGCAAGCAAUGUUUUCCGAAGAGAUAGGUCCAGUUUCUGUGAAUGCUCAAAAGAGAGUUCCUGUACCUGAGGGUCUUGUUCUUGAGGAAAAUCUUUCUGAUCUUGCCAUGAUAUUAACUGAGGGUGAUAUUGCUCCAUCCAUGUCAAUUUCAUUUACCCUUCGAAGUCAUCAACACAUGGAGACCAAGGAUGAAGCCGCACCAUCAGUUCAGUCAACAUAUCUGCUUGCUGAACACCGUAAACGUCAUGGACUGUAUUACCUUCCUGCAGAGAAAGAUGAGACUGAAUUGAAUGAUUUCCCCCGUGCUUAUGACCCUCUGCUGCCAGUCAGUCACAGUGAUGCCACAGAGGACCUUGUAAAGCUCACCGAGCAAUCGCUGAUUCCCAGAAAGGUAAAGCAUACAAAGCCACGUCCCAUAGUGUUAAAAAUGGAUGAAGGUGAUGGAGUCUUGCCAUCUGCUUUAACAACCGUGAAGGAAUCAAAAGAUGAUAUGCUAUCUGGUGCAAUACAUGAGGUUCUUUUGGGCAAUGAAGGCAAACCAUCUUCAUCACAAAAAGGGUCUUCAAACAAGUCUUCUGGAAGAAGAAUGAAAGGAGUGUCAGAUAAUAGUGAAUCUGUUCCUCAGUCAAAAGAAAAUCUAGAUUUGGGUGAUAGAGAAAAUCGGAGUUCAAGUUCUAGGAGGAGUCAACAUCGUAGUCAUGGUAAAGGGAGGCAUAGGAGUUCUCAGAAUAAUGAGGAAAAAGAAGAGAAAAGUCAUAGGAACUCAACAAGGAGUGGUCAUCAUCAUGAAAGACAUGAGCAUAGACAAAGAGGGGAGACUCCUCUAAAUGCAGUUCCACAGGCACCAGCCAUCCAAGAUCUCCUUUUGUGAUUGAUUCUAGUCUGUUUGGUGCAUUUGCUUAUCCAGUUGUAGUUUUGGAGAAAUUUGGAUGAUGUGAUCGCAAUAUUGUUUGUUGCCCCAUCUGCAAAGUCGCUCAAGGGAGAAUAUGGACUUGCAUUCUUCUGGAACUUGGAAUUUUGAAACUUGAUCUCCUUCUCUGUUGUAGAAGAUGAAUCGUACACAUUUGGUGGACCAUGUGCUUCAGUGCCUCUCUUAAUGGCUACCUUUGUAGGUUGGUUUAUUGAAAUGCAAAUGUGGUACUCUAUGAUCAGCAAAGAGGUCGUUUGAACUCUAAUCAACUCUGCAAGUAUUGGUUCGUCUCCACUUGUCAAAAGAUAGUCUGUUCCAGAACACUUAAUGGAGAUGGUAUUGCUUGUGGCUCUGCAAUGAAAGUUAUCCUUAUACAGCCUGUUGCAGGUUGAGAACCUAUAUCUAGCACGAUUCAACUUGAAGACAUUUAACAGUGAGCUUGGGUUCCUUGUAUGCUGCAAAAACAGACCACUAUUUGUUUUAUGCUGUGAUAUUUUGUGCAAUCCCCUGUUCCAUGUUCUACCUUCUUCAUAGGGUUUUCAGAUAGAGGUCCUACUCUGGAUGUGUAAUUCCUGAACUACUUGUGUCAUUUUGUUUGUGAUAUAAAAUUUUUAAUUCUAGGUUGAGCAUAGAGUAGGUGGUGGUCCCUUGGUUAUGGAUUUUAAGCAGUGAUUCAGGGCUUGUCCUGCCUGUUGAAGUUAAAGAUAAAACAAGGAAAAAAUAAGCUGUAAUUUGGAGAUCUUUCACUUGCAUUCUUUUGGUUCUAUACAUUUAGGCUUUCUACAA